AAAGCUGCGAUUUAUUGGGUAUGAGAAGCCUCGUUAUCAGAAAAACACAGAGCAACAAGAAGCCGGCAGCAUGACAGAACGAUAUAGCUUUUCUUUAACAACAUUCAGCCCUUCUGGGAAGUUGGUGCAGAUAGAAUAUGCAUUGGCAGCUGUAGCAGCAGGAGCGCCGUCAGUAGGAAUUAAAGCAACAAAUGGAGUUGUCCUGGCCUCUGAAAAGAAACACAAGUCAGUACUGUAUGAUGAACAUAGCAUUCACAAAGUGGAACUCAUCACCAAAAAUAUAGGCAUUGUAUACAGUGGCAUGGGGCCAGAUUAUAGAGUUCUGGUCAGAAAUGCACGCAAACUAGCCCAGCAGUACUUCUUAACAUACCAAGAACAAAUCCCAACACUCCAAAUGGUACAAAGGAUAGCUAACGUUAUGCAGGAAUAUACACAGUCAGGUGGUGUUCGUCCAUUUGGAGUGUCUCUCCUUAUAGCUGGUUGGGACGAGGAUGAAGAGAGGCCAUAUCUGUAUCAGUGUGAUCCAUCUGGAGCUUAUUUUGCAUGGAAAGCCACUGCUAUGGGAAAGAAUUAUAUAAACGGCAAGACUUUCCUAGAAAAGAGAUAUAGUGAAGAUCUCGAACUGGAAGAUGCAGUGCAUACGGCCAUCUUGACAUUGAAGGAGAGUUUUGAGGGUCAAAUGACGGAGGAUAACAUCGAAAUAGGAAUAUGUAAUCAAGAUGGAUUCAGGAGGCUGAACCCUACAGAAGUGAAGGACUACCUAGGGGCAAUUGCAUAAAAAGUGGGACUCAUCUGACUGGUAAAGUGCGGUCUAUUGUGUAUAUUUUGACUGGUAGAAUGUCGGAUCUCAUCCAGUGUUGAAAUGUAUGACUUAAAAACGGGAAGAUAACGCUGUGCAGGUUUUUCAGACUUCGAGACAUGGACGUGUUAAAGUACUGUAAACAGAGCUUAACCACAGCGCCAUGGUGGUGAAAAUGUUGCAUAGGAAAUUACUGGGAUUGCUAAUCAGUAUCUAGAAAUACACACAGAAUAAGCUUGUGGUAACAGCUGAAAGAAAAACGUUCAUUGUAUGUUGGGCUGUAAGGAGCAGAAGUAAAUGCAGAAAUUGGCACCAGAUUUUUCAGAUACUUUAUAAACCAUCAUAACUAGAAAUCGUUUUCAAGUAAUUAAAAGGCUUUGUGAAA